CGCAACACCCCGUAAUUGAUUUGCGUGUGAUGCAGCUAAGAACUGCGCAGAAAAAAGGCAUUCGCUAUUUUUGAUCUCAUAGAUAUAGCUUUGUAUCGUUCAUAAACACCGACCACAAUAAACGCCGUAUAACUUUUGUGAAAGAUAUUUCUUGUUCAGUUUAACAGUUAUGCAUUGAUAUAAGUUCGUUUCUGUUAAUUUGAUUUACUAGAAAGAAUAUCAAGCGUUUCAUUCAGACUACUUUUUAUUUCGUUAUAUAUAUAUUUGAUAGUGAUUUUUUUUCCCUAAAAUUUAAUUUUUCGUUAUAAUAUGAUUAUUUAUCAUUCAAAAUGAUGUUUUCACUAAUAAAUAUCAUAGCCACACGCUAACCACCUGUGUUACUGAGUGAUUGUAAUAUUGCGUAUAAUUUGUGGUCAUUUGAUGGUAUUAUUUAAAAUAUGCUUAUUCGAACUUAAUUUAUUUGUCUAGUGUGUAUUACAAUUAUUUCAGACGCCGAAUAUCUUGUGGUACGAUAUUUAUUUUCAAAGAAACAACUCAUCUACUGAUCAAUCUCUUUCAAGGUUGUGAGUCAAAGAAACAUAUCACACGUGAAUACACACGGAUAUAGGCCACCUUGUUUAUGGGUUACAUGUACGUUGUUCCGGUUAAUUAUCAGUUUCACUACUGUAAUAUGAGUAAACAUUGAUGAAAGGCUUUACAGUUGUUUAACUCGAAAACCUGAUGGGACUUAUGUCAGGGUUAGUGCCGCUAUCGUUAUGUGUACAUGUAUGAUACCUAUAUUACUAUACAGUGAGUAGUGUAAACUGCAAUAAAUUUAGGCAACUAGUGACAGGCAAAUUGCCAGGCAUUGUUCUGACUUGUCUGUGAUGUGGUGAUUAUUCACGGAAUGCUGACUGUCAAGAACUUGCUUCGCAUUGUGCGGAGAGACUUCUAUAAUAGCUACGAUCGCGGGCCAUUUCAAUUCUGUUUGCAAAGGAAUUUUGAAGCGAAACUUGGAAAAUCGAUCCGGAUCACUCAGACGCUUUGCUCUACCAGACGAUUUUACUUUCAGUUUGAGAAGUACACUUCAACCAUGUCGCGGCAAGGUCAUCCAGUACAGGAGGGAGUUUUGAUGGGCAUCGGAAACUCAUUGCUUGACAUUACAGUAGUGACUGAUGAGAAAUUCUUGAAAAGGUUUGGCCUGAAACCUAACGAUGCCAUAAUUGCCAGUGACAAACACAAGGAGAUGUAUCAUGUUAUGUUGGAUGAAUUUAAGCCAUCUUUUCUUCCUGGUGGGGCAACCCAGAAUAGCAUCCGUGUGGCACAAUGGAUCCUGGGACGCCCAAACGCUACAACCUUCUUUGGAUGUGUUGGCAAUGACAAGUUUGCUCAAAUCCUCAGGACUACUGCAGAGAAUGUGGGUGUGAAUGUGAGGUACCAAGUGGUAGAGGGCUUCAACACAGGGAGAUGUGGAGCAGUCAUCACAGGGGAGGAUCGGUCACUCGUGACUGAACUGGGAGCAGCUGGAAAGUUUACUGUCAGCUUCCUCGAUAUACCAGAAAAUUGGGAACUAGUGAAACAUGCUCGGUUUUACUACAUAGGCGGCUUCUUUUUACCAGUGAGCAUGGCUUCAGUAAAAAAACUUGUUGAGCAUGCUGCGGAAUCUAACAAAACAGUUAUUAUGAAUCUUCAUGCUACCUUCCUCUGCCAAUAUUUUGCAGACAAAGAUCUAGAUCUCAUGCGUUAUGUUGAUGUUUUGUUUGGCAACGGGGAUGAGGCUAAGACAUUUUCAGACCUCAUGGGCUUUAACACAUCGGAUGUUAAAGAAAUGGCAGCCAAGACUGUUUGUCUUCCAAAGUACAACAAUCAAAGGGAAAGAAUUGUUGUGUUUACUCAGGGACGUGACCCCACCAUAGUUGCCUGCGGGGGUAAGGUGACGGAAUACCCAGUGAAGGCUAUUCCACGGGAAGAGAUUAAGGAUACAAAUGGCUGUGGGGAUGCCUUUGUUGGGGGAUUUCUGUCCCAGCUUGCUCAGGGAAAGUCGCUUGAUGAAUGUAUUCGGUGUGGUUCCUAUGCUUCACGGGUUGUUAUCAAGUACUUUGGUUGUAACUACCCUGCUGAACCAGACUUUCAAUAGGAUAUUAAAUUAGCCUGUCCUUUAACAAUGAAAGAACAUGAUGUCGCAUGUUUGAUUGGUAACUGUUUUAAAAUACAGUUGUUUUUACCCUCUGCCUAGUGGCAUGUCUAUAAGCUUUACAUAAAAACUAAAUUUACAGUAUGCUGCUGUGUUUUUGUUAUAAUAGUAUUAUUUUGUUUAUAAAAUGUGUUUAAUACUGCUGAAAUAGUGUGUUUUUAUGCCCCUUACUUCGAAGAAGAGGGGGUAUACAUGUAUUGUUUUUUACCUGUCUGUCAUUCUGUCCCAAAACUUUAACCUUGGUUAAAGUAUGAUAACUUUUGCAAUAUUGAAGAUAGCAACUUCAUAUUUGUCAUGCAUGUGUAUCUCAUGGAGCUGCACAUUUUGAGUGGUGAAAAGUCAAGGUCAUCCUUCAAGGUCAAAGGUCAAAUAUCAUUGUAUUUUUACCCUUAGUUAACCCUUUCCCACUCAGAGGAAAACUGAAAAUGACUAUGUGCAAACAGCAUAAAACCAGAACAGCCUGCGAGUUACUUGCAGACUGUUCAGGUGUUAUGCUGUUUGCUGCUCAUCAGUAUCUAAGGAUUGGAAAUGAAGCCUUUAAAACUUGAAUCUAGUAAGAAAGGUUUUUAUUAUCCCCACGCUUUUUGAAAAAAAGGUGGGGAUAUUGUGGUUAUCUCCGCUGUCCGUCCGUCCGUCCGUCUGUCUGUCUGUCUGUCCGUCCGUCCUGGCCACUAUCUCCUCCUACACUAAAAGCACUAGAACCUUGAAACUUACACACAUGGUAGCUAUGAGCAUAUGUGCGACCCUGCACUAUUUGGAAUUUUGAUCUGACCCCUGGGUCAAAAGUUAUAGCGGUUGGGGUGGGGCCGCGUCAGAAAUUAUCACUCAUUUUUUAGGUUAUUUUACAUUUACUUCUUUAUUUCUACACCGAUUCACUUCAAAUUGAUACUGGACCUCUCUUAUGACAAUACGGUCAAUCUCAACCAUGCAUGGCCCCAUUCCCAACCCUGGGGCGCCCCGCCCACAUAGGCCACACCCACCAAAAAUUUCCAUUUACUAUAAUUUUUUCAUUUCUACACGGAUUCACUUCAAAUUGAUACUGAACUUUUGUUAUGACAUUAGGGUCAAUUUAACUAUGCAUGGCCCCAAUCCUAACCCUGGGGCGCCCGCCCACAUAGGCCACACCCACCAAAAAAUUCCAUUUACUAUAAUUUUUUCAUUUCUACACGGAUUCACUUCAAAUUGAUACUGAACUUCUCUUAUGACAUUAGGGUCAAUCUCAACUAUGCAUGGCCCCAUAACCAACCCUGGGGCCCCGCCCACAUAGACCACACCCACCCAAAAUUGCCUUUACUAUAAUUUCUUCAUUUCUACACCGAUUCACUUCAAAUUGAUAUUGAACUUCUCUUAUGACAAUAACGUCAAUCUCAACUAUGCAUGGCCCCAUUACCAACCCUGGGGCGCCCCGCCCACAUAGACCACACCCACCCAAAAUUGCCUUUUACUAUAAUUUCUUCAUUUCUACACCGAUUCACUUCAAAUUGAUACUGAACCUCUCUUAUGACAAUACGGUCAAUCUCAACUAUGCAUGGCCCCAUUACCAACCCUGGGGCCCCGCCCACAUAGACCACACCCGCCCAAAAUUGCCUUUUACUAUAAUUUCUUCAUUUCUACACCGAUUCACUUCAAAUUGAUACUGAACUUCUCUUAUGACAAUACGGUCAAUCUCAACUAUGCAUGGCACAAUUACCAACCCUGGGGCGCCCUGCCCACAUAUGUCACACCCACCCAAAAUUGCCUUUUACUAUAACUUCUUAAUUUCUACACCAAUUCACUUCUAAUUGAUGAUGAACUUCUCUUAUGACAAUACGGUCAAUCUCAGCUAUGCAUGGCCCCAUUACCAACCCUGGGGCACAUCUAGGUCAAACAUUCGGCGUGGGGAUACGCGUCGGCCUCUGCCGCGCCAUUUCUAGUAUAUAUGUUACUUUCUUGGGACUACAAACGCGUCAAAAUAUGUAUCUAAGUGGUAAAGAGUUAAAGUUUGGUCAUAACUUUUUGUAUAUUGAAGAUAGCAACUUAUAUUUGGCAUGCAUGUGUAACAUGAAGCUGCAGAUUUUAAGUGGUAAAAGAUCAAGGUCAUCCUUCAAGGUCAUAAGUCAAAAAAUACAAUCCAAAGGAAGUAAUAAGCUUUAAAAGGGAGAUAAUUUCUAAACCAGCCAAAUGAUAUAUUGAAAUUUUAUUUCAAAGCGACGCAGUAGGGGGCAUUGUGUUUCUGACAAACACAUCUCUUGUUUGUUAUUACUUAGGUUUUUAUUAUUUACUUUUACAGUGAUUAGCAAUAUAAAGAGAGCAUUUAGUAGUGAACUGCUAGUCCCCAGUAUUAAUGAAAAAAAGAAUCGACUUGUGCAAUACAGAUACUAACAUUUUUGUUCACUGUUGUUUUGUUGAAAUUAUAAGCAACUGUAGUUAUUUAAAUUCUAUAUUUUUCAUGGAAUAUUUUAUCCAACUGGUACCAAACACCCGGGUUUAUUGCCUUGACAUUUAUACUGGUGCUACAAUUCAGUGCCAUAUGGUGCAGUAUUUGUAAUAUUAUUCAUGUAUGUUAAUAUAAAUUAGCUUGGUUUUCAGGCCGACAUUUGUUCUCUCCUAUAUUUGAAUAAUAAAUAAUUGUAGCAUUUGUCAUACAUAAUGGGUUCAAAUUCCAUGCAAACAUAUAGAGAGAUGGAGAGACUUAAUGUAUUAGCUUUACAUCUAUGAGUUUAAACAUGGUUUAGCUUUUCUUGUUUAUUUCUUUUGUCGUAUUAUUGCAAACAUUUUGUAGAUAUGUUUUACCUGAGGAAGUGCUGAAUAUUUAGGAGAAUCUCAACAAAGUACUUUUCAGCCAUGAAAUUACGUGUGUUUUAAGAAGUGGUUCAUUUUUCAGAUUGCAAAUUAUUGAUAUUAAUGUAUUGACUGCUUUCCAUUCAACCUUAUGUCAUUGUCAUUAAUGGAUGUAAUAUUUUUGAGCUGUAUUCUUCUUUUCCAGUUGUCAGUAUUAUGCAAGAUCAAUUACUCAUUAAUCAAAUAUUCAUGACAAAAAACAAGCCUUUUCUGGAUUCCAUGUUAAUACUUUGAAUACUUAAGGUAUUUUCAUGGUGCAUCGGGAAUGAUUUUGAUCUGCAAAAAUAUUGUUAUUUUGAUUACCGUAGGUGGUUUCUUUCCCAGCUGGCCAAUUAUAUAUUUGUAUUUGUAAACUGUUUUAAAAUAAAUUACUAUAUAAUCAAUAAUUGUUCUACCUGAACACUGGAAGAUGUACCAAUUUUAAAUCAUUCUAAGCUUGUAUCUUUAACACAUGUUCUCUUUCAACACUGAGUGCAGCUGUUCAGUUGUAGUAGUUUCAAUUUUUAAAGAUUGGAUUGCUGAAUUGCUUGUUUAUUUAAAAAAAAACUUUGUUAUAUUUAAAAACUUACCAUACCUUUAUUUAUAAGUUAUUUGAUAACUCAGGAAUGAAAAUAGACCUCAAAUCUUA